AUGGCAAACUGCCUUAAGACCACCCUGGAGAACUUUCCCACAUUGCUGAAGCACCUCAGAAAGCUGGAAUAUGGCUUGGUGAGCCUGCUGACCGCAGGCGGAGAGCGCAUCUUCUCCACUGCAAUAUUCCAAUGCCCCUGCCACCCCACCUGGAACCUGCCCUAUGGCAUGGUCUUCCUGCUGGUGCCUGCGCUUGGGCUCUUCCUCCUGGGCUAUGUGCUGAACACACGCACCUGGCUCCUGACAACCGGCUGCUGCAGGAGCCACACCUGUGGGAGCCACAGCUGGAAGGAGUUCCUGUGGAUCAGCGCCACCGCCUUGGUCGCCCCGCUCACCUGGGUGGCUGUGGGGCUGCUCGGGGGCACUUUUUACGAGUGCUCCGCCAGCGGGAUCGCCUACUUAGGGGGGCUCUUGUGCCUUGGCCGCAAAGAUAACUGCUCCACGUUGAUGCCCAAGUUGCCCUGUCUGCGGAACCCAGAGCCGGACCAGCAGGACCUCCUGAACGCACUCCAGGCCCACUCGCAGGUGGCUGGCUGGAUCCUGAUAGCUGUGGUUAUCCUCAUUCUAAUGAUUGGUACAUCUAUUAACUAUUGCAGAUCUUCAGUUAGUUUUAUGCAGCUGAAAUUUAGAACCGAGUAUGUGAUUGAGGAGCAGAAGAGCCUUACAAUAGAAACCAGAAAGAAUGCAGCUAAAUUGGCAAAUGAGAAUGUUAAAUUUUUCUUUAAGGGCUCAAGUCCACAUCAUGAGACCCCAAGUGCUAAAGACUGGAAGAAGAUUUCCAGUCCUUUGCAUUCAAAGGAGCCAUACUAUAGCCCGUUGCACAAAUAUGUUAACACUAGAAGGAAGGUUGAAAUGGCUUCUACUUCUAAUGUUGUAGAGGCACAAGUUAAAGACAGCACUGUGUGA